AUGAGCUUGCCAUGCCCGGCCAGUGGACCCUCGGGUCCAUGCAUCAAUGGCACUGGAUCUUCACAACGGCACGCCAUGGACUUUACGGGCACGGACACCUCAGGACUGCAACAGCAACACAAGCCCCAGCCAGGAACCUCCAUCAUCGAAAUCUCAUCUGAUCGCAGCGAUGAUGAUGAUGGUGCUGUGUUCACAACCGAAAGCUGUCAGCCAGGGUCCCAUCCCCAUCCCUUGCCAGCUACAAACCUACUCCUUACGUUUACACAGUCAACCACCUUGGACGUGGUGAAGCAGUGGGCGACAGAUGUGGGCGGUGGAGAUUGCAACAGCCAUGAUGACAGCAAAGGCCUCAAAGCGCAGCCGUUCUGCACCUGA